GGCGGGGCGGGCAUUCGAUCCGCUUCGCCUUCGCCUUCACCUCCGCCGCCACCUCCAGAGUAGGAUUGUCCAAAACCCUGUGGGUUCUUCUGUGUUGGAACUGCUGCCAUGGAGACCUCCUGAGAUGCUGCAUUUACCACUGGCCUCCAGUUUAACUUCCAGAUAGAGGCCUCCAGACCCCUAUGGACCCACGGGGUUGGUUUUUCUGGUUUGCUCCUCCAGGGCAAUUUGCGUAAUUUUCUGAAGAACCUUCAAGAAGCUGAACAGCCUGUUUUCAGACUUAGAGAGAGGGGAGGUCCAUGGUUGUUUCUUGAAAUCUGGCGCUGGAGAUGGGCACACAGGACCGACUGAGCCGGAGGCUGCAGGUGGCCGAGCCAGGUGUGGAGGGGGAGCCACAUCUGCCCACAGGCCAGGAACUGACCGAGGCCAACCGUUUCGCUUAUGCCGCCCUCUGUGGCAUCUCCCUGUCCCAGCUAUUUCCAGAACCUGAGCAAAGAUCCUUCUGCUCGGAGUUCGUGGCCGGUUUGGUGAAGUGGCUGGAGUUGUCUGAAGCCGUCUUGCCAACCAUGACUGCUUUUGCCAGCGGCCUGGGAGGCGAAGGAGCAGACAUGUUUGCUCAGAUUUUAUUGAAGGACCCCAUCCUGGAGGACAGCCCACUGCUGAUCACUCAGGACCUUCUGAGCUUCUCACUCAAGGAUGGGCGCUAUGACGCACGGGCCCGUGUCCUCAUUUGCCGCGUAACCUCCCUCCUCCGCGUGCCCCUGGAGGAGCUGGAUCUCCUGGAAGAGACGUUCCUUGAGAGCCUGAAGGAAACCAAAGAGAAGGAAUCUGAAACGGCCGAGGCCUCCCGGAAGAAGAGAGAAAACAGGCGGAAGUGGAAGCGCUACCUCCUGAUAGGCCUGGCCACCGUGGGAGGCGGGACAGUGAUCGGCGUGACCGGGGGUCUGGCUGCCCCUCUUGUGGCUGCUGGAGCCGCGACAAUCAUUGGCAGCGCCGGGGCAGCGGCUCUGGGCUCAGCGGCUGGCAUCGCGGUCAUGACCUCGCUGUUCGGUGCAGCUGGAGCUGGCCUGACAGGCUACAAGAUGAAGAAGCGCGUCGGGGCCAUUGAAGAGUUCACAUUUCUGCCUCUGAGAGGCAGGCAGCUCCAUAUCACCAUUGCCAUCACGGGGUGGCUGGCAUCCGGCAAAUACCGCACCUUCAGCGCCCCGUGGGCUGCCCUGGCCCACAGCCGCGAGCAGUACUGCCUGGCCUGGGAGGCCAAGUACCUGAUGGAGCUCGGCAAUGCCCUGGAGACCAUCCUCAGUGGUCUUGCCAACAUGGUGGCCCAGGAGGCCCUAAAGUACACGGUACUGUCCGGCAUUGUGGCUGCCCUGACCUGGCCAGCCUCACUCCUCUCUGUCGCCAGUGUCAUUGACAACCCCUGGGGCGUGUGUCUCCAUCGGUCAGCAGAGGUUGGCAAACACCUGGCCCACAUCCUGCUCUCCCGCAGACAGGGCCAGCGGCCUGUCACCUUGAUCGGCUUCAGCCUGGGAGCCAGAGUCAUCUACUUCUGUCUGCAGGAGAUGGCUCAAGAGAAAGAUUGUCACGGGAUCAUCGAGGAUGUCGUCCUGCUCGGUGCGCCCGUGGAAGGAGAAGCCAAGCACUGGGAGCCUUUCCGGAAGGUGGUAUCUGGAAGAAUCAUCAAUGGCUACUGCAGGGGGGACUGGCUGCUGAGCUUCGUGUACCGCACGUCCUCCGUGCAGCUCCGCGUGGCCGGCCUGCAGCCCGUGCUGCUGGACAGGAGGGUGGAGAACGUGGACCUGUCCUCCGUGGUCAGCGGCCACUUGGACUACGCCAAGCAGAUGGACGUCAUCCUGAAGGCCGUGGGCAUCCGCACCAAGCCAGCCUGGGACGAGAAGGGACUCUCGCUGGCCCCAGGUAGCCUGUCCCAAGAGAAGCCUCACCAGGCAGCAGCCACCUCCUUAUCAGAUAAGACCACCAACCAGGAUGGACAAACCCAGGGUCCUACACCGGGAGACACCCCCAAAGCAGCCACAUCCCCUGACCCCAGCCAAGCUCAAGUGCCAGAAGGUCUGGACGAGUCUGAAGGGGCCUCCCUUCCUGCUGCUGCCAGCCCCACUGAGAGCCCCCAUACCUGCAGCCAUGGCAUGGGCCCCAACCCCCUGGGCUGCCCUGACUGUGCCAGUGAGACCCAGGAGCCCUGUCCAGGGCUGGACUGACCCCAGAAGAGUCACUGUCCCAGAUUCUACAUGCAGCACUCUCUUACCCCACUCUGCCGGGCUCCUCAUGUGAGCUCUGGAGAUGCACAGUGUUGGCCAGUGCCUUUCCUUAAUUGGAGAGACUGGUAUUGGAAGGAGGGGGAGUUAUUAGAGACACUGUCCCCUCCCUGAGGAAGCGAGGCCAGAGCUGUGCAGAGAACCAAACCCCGGGCCUCCUGAACUUUGGGUCAGAGCUGUGGGGUCUGGUUGCCCAUAAGGAGGCCCAGGGGCUCUCUGGAGCCUGAGGCCCCCACCCUGCCACACCCCCCAGCCUCAGAUGUCUGCUCUUCCAUCCACUCUCCAGGGCUGCUCACCAGCCCACAGGCCCCACUGAUGCACCUAAAGAGCAGGUACAGGUGGGGAGCGAGCAGCUUAUUCCCUGCUCUUAGGAGGCCAGUGAGAUCUACCACGUACAGCUGUGCAGGCUGUGCACUGCCCAACUACAAGGCAUCCAUCAGGUAGCCGGAAUGUGAAGGGUGCCCCUCAGAGUUAUGGCCCUGGAUAUAAUUGUUUCAGAGCAUGGUGGGAAAAUGCUGAAUCAGCAUGCAGUGUGGACAAAGACUGAGCCUGGUGAUGAGAAUGAAUUAUACAGGGGAAGGAUUUCCUGCAGCAGGAACAGAGGUUAUGAUGAUUAUAAUAAUAAUAAUAAUAGCUACCAUUUAUUGAGUAUUUAUCAUG